UGUGUGUGUGUGUGAGAGGGUACAAGAAAAUCACUUAUCUCCUACAACUCGUGCAUCAUCUUCUCUCCACGUCUGUUAACACCACCGACCUAGAUCUAACCUAACAAUGGCGGGAGCACCAGAUCUGUUAUUCGCACUGAGAAACAACUUCUACUUCGGAGCAUUUCAAGCAGCAAUCAACAGCGGCGAUGUUCAAAACCUCUCCAAAGAGGAUGCGAUCGAACGCAAUUGCCUCAUUUACAGAUCCUACAUUGCUCUCGGAAGCUAUCAAAUCUGUGAAUGUGUGAGUGGUAUGGAUGCUAGAUAUGUGGAUGUGUUGCCCUACUGGCCCGAAAAAUGGCUCCGGUCAUCGGAGUAUAGAGAGAAGGCAGAGAGUGUUUGGUGUGCUAUGAUUUAA